AUGCCGUGUUUUGAGAGACCUGGGAAAGGCGGUGUGUGGGAAGCGGGGCAGGCUGACCGGGAGGCUGUGGGCAGCUCGCCGGUCCUGGACGGCAAUAGCGGGACACGGCUGCAGCUCGUGGUUCUGAGGAAGUGCUCGGCUGAUUUGUGUGAAACUACGGAAGUGUUUCUAGGGGCCGUGUUUUUGGAAACUCGCAUAUUCGGCAGGAGUAUCAGUCGUACAAUCCGAACAUGCCUGCCUUCAGCAGUCUCAUCAGGAAGGCAUUUCCAGCAGUUAUGUGCAGUCAUAAGGAAGUAUCAGGUCAAGGUCAUAUCUGUUUGCCAAAAAAAGGAAUAUGGAUCAACUCGAAGUGUUGUCCGUAGACUUGGGACAAUUCUUUCCUUAGAGCCCUACCCAAGACCUUAUUUACGGUUUGUUCAAAACCCAAGUCCAUUGGGUUAUGAUGAACAAGGCACAGCUCCAACUUCUGUAGCUCCAUCACUUGCUGAUGUCCUGUGGGUGGCAAAUGAUGAGGGACAAGCAUUUACAAGGCUUAGGACGGAAUUACAGAGAAAAGAAAAAAGUACAGCUUAUGACCUACAUCCAUCUAUAGAUUCAAUACAAAGUGUCCCAAAACACAGUACACAAAAACACAGUCUUGUUGAUCAAGCAGCGCUUCAGAAAAUUUCUGCUCUUGAAGAUGAGCUGACCUUUCUUCGUGCUCAGAUUGCUGUGAUUGUUUCAGCACAGACAUUGGGAAGCUUUCCGUCACAAGCCUUUAAAACAUUGAGCACUCCAGAUGGAUUUCACCCAGUGCCAGCCAUGACUUCUACACCAUUGUCCGUCUCUCACAAUCACGUUGUAAUUCCCUCGCCUCCUCCACUUCCUUCUGGUGUACCAUCUGGUGUUGAUGCUAGUAAUUCGGCAGUUGAACUUAUAAAACAACGUCGUGCUGCAAGAAACAGUGGUUCAACUACAGCUGAUAGUGCUGAUCACCAGGGGACAAAGAACAUUCCUAGUAUGAUGGAUGUUUUGAAAGACCUAAACAAAGUUCAGUUGCGAGCUGUUGAGAGGUCACCUGGAGGUACUCCUCUUUCUAAACCCAAAAAGAGGCGAAGUUCAGACUGGGAUCCAGUUGCUGUACUAACUCAUGCACUAAAGCAGAAAUUUGCACAUAAAAAUGAUGAAGAUGAUUCCCUGGACAAAGAAAAUCGAUCUUUUGAUAGCUCUCCAUUUUCUAGUCCGGAGAUCACACUGGUUGGACGUUGCAGUCUGAAGCCGAAUGCAAAAUCUAGCCUUGUAAAAACUGAUGAAGUUAAACAGGUAUCAACGUGGAAACUGAGAGCUCAUAUUUAACUGAUGGAGACUUCUGAGGAAAGUUCGUAGUGUGU